AUGCUCCUUCAAACACUCCGAACGACCACCAAGGCGGCGCCUCUGUGCGGCUCCCCUAUUGCGGCGUCGGCGGCUGUACGCACAUUCGCUUCGACCAGCCGCGCGUACAAGGUGUACGAGAACGUCUCGGCGGCCGACUUUCAAUCUCGCGUCCUCUCGCCUUCCGGCGCAGACGCUGAAACACCCGUGCUCGUAGACUUCUUCGCAACGUGGUGCCAGCCGUGCAAGCUCCUCUCACCCGCGCUCAAAAAAGUCGCCUCGAAUCCCGACGUGGUCGGAGGCAAACACAUCGACCUCGUAACAAUUGAUGUGGAUCAGCAUCAGGACAUUGCUCAGCAGUUCAAAGUGUCCGCGAUGCCCACCGUGAUCGCUAUGAAGGGCGGAAAGGUCCUCGAUGGUUUCGUAGGCAUGCUUCCCGAGAACAAGGUGAUCGAGUUUGUCCAGAACCUCAAGUAG